AAACUGUGUACCUGUAGAUCUUCUCAAAUAUCAAGCCGUCUUCACACCCUUGGAGUAUUCCUCUCUUGUAAACGCUUUUAAUUCUUCUAUGUGGAUUUUUGUCUUGGGGUUUUUUGUCGGUGAAGACAUGGAGCAUGUGAACUACAUCUGAGAAUGAAAAUAAUUCUGUUUAUAAGUGGACCUGAUGAUCGUUGAAUUGCACCAUGUUGAAAUUAUAUAUGAGAGGACAUUUGAUAAGUGGAAAAUGAUUUGCAGCACAAAUUUAUUCUGUCUUUGUGUAUUGGUCAUGAAUGGUGUGUCUGGUGUUUAUUCAGAUGAAGUGAAGUCAGUGAUGGAGGGAGAUUCUGUCUCUCUAAACACUGAUGUUACUGAAAUACAGAGAGAUGAUCAGAUACUGUGGAUGUUUGGACCCCGAGAGACUCGUAUAGCUCAAAUAUUUAAGCAGAUCAAUGAUAUGUUUGACAGUAAUGAGAUAUUUGUAGACAGACUCCAGAUGGACAGUCAAACUGGAUCUCUGACCAUCAGAAACAUCAGAUCUGAACACUCUGGACUUUAUAAACUAACAAUCAUCAGAAACAAAGGAACUUCAUACAAGAGAUUCAAUGUUACUGUCUACGCUCCUCUUCCCAUUCCUGUCAUCACCAGUAACUCCUCAAACUGUUCAUCAUCAUCAUCAAGAUCAUCAGUGUCCAGAUGUUCACUGGUGUGUUCAGCUGUGAAUGUGAGUCAUGUGACUCUCUCCUGGUACAAAGGAAACAGUUUAUUGUCCAGCAUCAGUGUGUCUGAUCUCAGCAUCAGUCUCUCUCUACCUCUGGAGGUGGAAUAUCAGGAUAAAAACACCUACAGCUGUGUGAUCAACAAUCCCAUCAGCAACCAGACCAAACAUCUGGACAACACUCAGCUCUGUCACACAUGUGAAGGAUCUCCUCCUGCAAAUAAAUUCCUUGCAGCAUUUAUUUCUACUGUAGUUCUGCUUGUUCUCACGGGUGUGACAUGCUUUCUUUACGGGAAGUACAAAAGAGCAGCACAAAAAGAAAAGGUUUUUGAGCCAUGUGUGAAUGCAGAGCCAACAGCCCAGGCAGAAGAGCAAGAGGUACAAUACGCUGAAACAGGAUUCUUUAGACAAAAUGAACAAAAAAAGAAACCUAACGGGACAGAGGAAGUGAUAUACUCCAGUGUCGCCAUAUGAGACUCUGAUCAAACCAAUAUCAAAUUUUUCAUUUUUGUUUGCUUUUUUUUCAGUGAGUCUAAUAAGGAGAUGUCGACAGAAUUUAACUUAAUGAAUUUGAUAUUUCACUGAUAUUCAACUGAUAUUUGAAAGAAGCCAUCUAAUGAACAAAGAUACAUUUGCAUGUAGACACAAUAAUGACAAAAAUGAGCACAAAAAUAAGUUAAAACUCACUCACCGAUAUACAAUAAAUAUGUUGCUUUGUGUCUCUCUCUAAGAACAGCCCCCUAAAAUGUAUAUAAAACUACAAUGUACAUAGUCAAUAAAGAAUCCUGCUGAAGGUA